CGCAUGUGCACAAGUCUUGUACUAUGGAAAAAAAAAGGUCACGAACUCUGACCCUCCCACUUACUGCACCAAACAGUUAUAUUUAUUAAUUGAAGGAUAUACAUCAUCCCAAACAUACGUCUCAUUGACAGGUAAGAAACAUCUACUAUCGAGCAACCCAUGAGCUGCAAAUGAAAGGCAGACACAAGGUGGCCAGUAACACAGGAAGAGAGGGAGUGUUCGGCGGCUCUACAGCAGGGAAGCAGCCAUUAGCCUCCAGUUAGCAAACAGCUAAUCUAGCCGGUUAGCACAGUCGUCGGCAGCGCAGAACAUCGAAAUCAAUUAAGUGGGUGUGCAUGUCUUAUGGGGCACUGAUGUGAAGAGGUGUGCAGCAUCAGAAUGGAUGGACAAACUCAAAGGAUUCAACUUGUGUCAGCAGACAACAGCAUGGCGCUAGGACACAGAAUUCAGAUUGUAACCGAUCAGCAGACUGGCCAGAAGAUCCAGAUUGUCACAUCACUUGAGCCCCCUUCGCCUGGAAAGCAGCAGUUCAUCCUCACAAACGCUGACUACUCCUCCGGUGGAAAAGUGAUCCUGGCCAAGCAGGAAGGCUCUCCCAACAAGGUCAUCCUCACUACUCCAGACGGCUCUGGAGUUAACCAGCUGUUGUUUGCUUCGCCUGAACUCGCUGGGCAGCAGAUUCAGUUCGUGACUGAAGGGUCGGACCAGUCUAUGGUGAAGCAGGUUGUGGAGUACUGCGUUGUCUGUGGUGAUAAGGCCUCAGGACGUCAUUACGGGGCCGUCAGCUGUGAGGGCUGUAAGGGCUUCUUCAAACGAAGCAUUAGGAAGAACCUAGUGUACACUUGCAGGGGCUCCGGGGAGUGUGCCAUCAACAAGCUCCACCGAAACCGCUGCCAAUACUGUCGACUGCAGCGCUGCAUUGCUCUGGGCAUGAAACAGGAUUCUGUACAGUGUGAGAGGAAGCCCGUUGAAGUGACCACCAGAGAGAAAUCUGUCAACUGUGCAGCCUCCACUGAAAAGAUCUACAUCCGCAAGAACCUGUGUAGUCCUCUGGCUGCCACGCCCACUUUUGUGUCGGACAAGGAAACAGCUAGGUCUACCAGUUUGCUCGAGUCAAGCAUGUUGCUCAACAUCCAGCAACCCUUCACCAAGCUGGAAAACACCAUCUUAAUACCAGCAUCUCCUGACAAGCAGGAUGACCCAUCUCAAGGCGAUCUUAGCACGCUGGCCAAUGUGGUGACGUCCCUCGGCCACCUCAAGCAGGCCAGGGAGGCAAGUGACAGUGGCAACGACAUGAUGGGAGUUGAAACUCUGAGCAACGGGGACGGCUCGAUAGCAGACAUCCAAGGAGACGAGCAAACUGCAAGUGAUAUCACUCGAGCUUUUGACAACCUGGCCAAAGUCCUUCAUCCAGGUGAGGGCUCAGCAGUAGAUUCCUUGGAGGCCACAAUGCAGCUGAUGUCAGGAGACCAGUCAGGUCCUGUGGUGGAGCUAGAGGGGCCUCUGCUCUCUGACAGCCAUAUCCCUUUCAAGCUAAUGAUGCCUUUGCCUGUGCCAGAGUACCUCAAUGUCAACUAUAUCUGUGAGUCAGCUUCCCGGCUCCUUUUUCUCUCUAUGCACUGGGCUCGCUCCAUCCCUGCCUUUCAAACCCUAAGUGGUCAGGACAAUGACAUUAACUUGAUGAAAGCCUGCUGGAAUGAACUGUUUGCCCUCGGUCUUGCACAGUGCUCCAACGUAAUGAAUGUUGGUACCAUCCUAAGUGCCAUUAUCAGCCAUCUGCAGACCAGCUUACAGGAAGAGAAGCUGUCUCCGGAUCGAGUAAAACUUGUGAUGGAGCACAUCUGGAGGAUGCAGGAGUUCUGUAACAGCAUGAUCAAGCUGUCCCCAGACUCUUAUGAAUAUGCCUACCUCAAAGCCGUUGUUCUCUUUAGUCCGGAUCACCCGGGCAUAGAUAAUACUCCACAGAUAGAGCGGUUUCAGGAGAAGGCCUACAUGGAGCUGCAGGACUAUGUAACCAGGACCUACCCAGAAGACUCUUAUCGGUUGUCCAAGCUGCUCCUGCGUCUUCCCGCCCUCAGGCUUAUAAGCGCAGCCGUCACAGAGGAGCUGUUUUUCGCUGGUCUCAUUGGAAACGUGCAGAUCGACAGCAUCAUCCCUUACAUCCUCAAAAUGGAGUCGACAGAUUAUAACAGCCAGGCAGUCCCCGGGGUCUGACACUGUGCUAUUUCUUAUCGCAACUUUGGACUGCGAAAAACUCGAAAGCCAACCAACCCGAGUGCUCCACAGCAAGAUCACCAAGUGGUCAUAACCUUUUUUAUUUAUGAUACAGCAUCCCUUGGGAAACCUGUUGUCACUCUUCUCUUGCUCCCACUUCUGACUCCUUAGUAACCAGUCAGUGAAAAACUCACAAACAGGACAAAUAAAACCUCCUCCAGUGGCCAACGAGCCGGACAAUACAUGCCCAUUCAGGAAUGAACCUUUGAAGCCUGCAUAGUAGAUUGCGCUUUCUAUUGUACAUAGUGUUUUAUCCUUCAUCGCCUCCAAGCCUUUCCUUUUUCUGCGGAUCGUAAGAAACAGGAUUAUUUGGUUUUCACUGCUUUACUACAUGGUCAUGCCUUUUUUUAUUUUCUUAAUAUUAUGAGAAAACUUGUCAACGUGAAAUGAUAUGUGAGAUGUUAUUGCAAAAAGGUUCUAACCUUUAUUCCUUAUGUGUUUGCCAAUCCAAAGGAUCGGGCAGCAUCAACGCGUUAAAUAUUUGACAUGCAGAUCUGAAGUAAUCAUGUAUAUAGAUAUUGUGUAUAUAGAAUGAACCAGGAAUGCUACAAUGGGCAGCACUCUGUAAUUUAUGAAUUCCAUGUUUUGGAUGAAGUAAUGCAGCUGAAAAAUGAUGGUCAAGUCAUUUAAAAAUAAAAAAAACUUGUUUAAAAAAA